AUGGCCACUGACAUGUCCGGCUUCAUCUCACGCCUUAUGCGCCCCUUCUCGUCCGGCCCAAUGCGCUUCGGCGCCGAGGGCGCAGCACAGAACUACCCGGCCGGCUCGAAAAAGGCGACAGUCGCAGCAGGCUGCUUCUGGGGCGUCGAACACAUGUACCGCCGAGCAUUCGCCAACCAGGGUCUCAUAGACGCGAAGGUCGGAUACAUAGGCGGCGACACGAAGAACCCUAGCUACCGCUCUGUCUGCAGCGGACGAACAGGACACGCCGAAGCCCUCCAAGUAGUCUACGAUCCCGAGAAGGUGUCCUACCGCCAACUCAUCGAGUUCUUCUACAAGAUGCACGACCCGACGACCGCGAACCGGCAGGGCCCAGACACGGGCUCGCAGUACCGCAGCGCCAUCUUCUACCACGACGAGGAGCAGGAGCGCGAGGCGAGGGAGGUUACGGAGAAGGUGCAGAAGGAGUGGUGGAGGGCGGGCAAGAUCUCGACGCAGAUACUGCCCGCGGGCGAGUGGUGGGAUGCGGAGACUUACCACCAGCUUUAUCUGGAUAAGAAUCCGGGCGGGUAUGAGUGUCCGAGUCACUUUUUGAGGAAGUUCCCGCCGUUGAGCGCUUAG